AUGUCGCAACGCACCGCACCGCACCCCAAGCCAUUUCAAAAUCCUCCCGUGCGGACGUGGCGUGGUGCGUGCCAAGCCCCCGCAGUCCGCUGCAGCAGCAGCCUCAAACGGUCGGAUCCCCGCAGCCACGGAACCCGCCGAUCCCAGCGCCCGUUCACCGGGCCCCACGCCCCUAUCCGACGGCUGGCCUCGCUCCCGAAUUCAAAACCUCGUUUCCAAGCAGCGGCCGUCCUGUCCCCAGUCCACUGGAAUAAAUCCCCCAACGACUCGCUCGCUGGGAAACUACACAACGCGACGCGGUGUCGGGGCGGGGCGGCUACAAGAGGCGGUGGUGCUCCUGCUCGCGCCGCUCUAGCUCUGGUUGGACUCUGCGCCGCGGCGAUCGGCGUCGCCGGGAGGAGGAGGUGGAGGACGACGGGGAGUGGCGGCGGACGAGGAGGAGAGGUGGCGGACGGCGACGCGACCGGCUGGAGCGAAAGCGGCGUCGGUGAGAGAGGUCACGAGCUGCGCUGUUGUAGCUGCCAAGAAAUGAGCUUGGGGAGCUGCCCGGCUGCGGCCGGGGACGCGACGGCAGAGGAGCUGCUUGAACGGGCGCGGGGGCUGGUGCCACCCGCCCUGGCCGCUGCGCGCGCGGCGACUGGCUUCGGUGGGCGGUGGAAGGCUAUCGCAGCUAGGCUGGAGAGGGUGCCACCGUGCCUGUCGGACCUGUCCAGCCACCCCUGCUUCUCCAAGAACUCGCUCUGUCAGGAGCUGCUGCAGUCGGUGGCUGCAACGCUAGCGGAGGCCGCCGAGCUCGGUGCGCGCUGCCACGAGCCUCCGAAGGCAGGGAAGCUGCAGAUGCAGAGCGACCUCGACGCGCUGGCCGGGAAGCUGGACCUCAACCUCAGGGACUGCUCUCUUCUUGUCAAGACUGGUGUGCUGUCUGAUGCGACGGUUCCGGCGGCCCCGGCUGAGAUAGCGUCGGCUGCGGGCGCACAGACGGACGUGCGGGAGCUGCUUGCCAGGCUGCAGAUUGGGCACGCAGAGGCGAAGCACCGGGCCGUGGAUGGCCUGCUCGAUGCUCUGCGCGAGGACGAGAAGAGUGUGCUGUCGGCGCUCGGCCGUGGCAACGUGGCCGCGCUGGUGCAGCUGCUCACGGCGACAGCACCCAAGGUUAGGGAGAAGGCGGCCACUGUUUUGUGCCUCCUCGCCGAGUCUGGCAGCUGCGAGGGGUUACUCAUGUCAGAAGGCGCUCUGCCGCCGUUCAUCCGGCUGGCUGAGUCCGGCAGCCUUGUUGGGAGGGAGAAGGCUGUCAUCACGCUCCAGCGGCUCUCCAUGUCGGCCGACAUUGCACGUGCAAUCGUCGGCCACAGCGGCGUCCGCGCUCUCAUCGACAUGUGCCAGACCGGGGACUCAAUCACACAGUCCGCCGCGGCAGGAGCGCUCAAGAACAUCUCUGCAGUGCCGGAGGUCCGGCAAGCGCUGGCCGAGGAAGGCGUCGUGCGAGUCAUGAUCAACCUGCUCGACUCCGGCGUCGUUCUCGGCUCCAAGGAGUACGCCGCGGAGUGCCUGCAGAACCUUACGUCAAGCAACGACAGCCUGCGGCGUGCCGUCGUGUCCGAGGGCGGACUCCGGAGCCUGCUCGCCUACCUCGACGGUCCACUUCCUCAGGAGUCACCCGUGGCCGCGCUCCGGAACCUGGUCACCGCUGUCUCACCAGACAGCCUGGUGUCGCUUUGCGUGCUCCCGCGCCUCGUCCACGUGCUCCGUGACGGUUCGGUGGGUGCUCAGCAGGCUGCCGCGGCGACCAUCUGCAAGAUCUGCAGCAGCAUGGACAUGAAGCGGCUGGUGGGCGAGCACGGGUGCAUCCCGCUCCUGGUGCGCCUGCUGGAGGCCAAGUCGAACGGCGCGCGCGAGGCCGCGGCGCAGGCGGUGGCGAGCCUGAUGGGGUGCCCCGCGAACGCGAGGGACAUCAAGAAGGACGAGAAGAGCGUGCCCAACCUGGUGCAGCUGCUGGACCCGAGCCCCCAGAACACGGCCAAGAAGUACGCCAUCUCCUGCCUGCUGGCGCUGUCGGCGAGCAAGCGGUGCAAGAAGCUGAUGAUCUCCCACGGCGCCAUCGGGUACCUGAAGAAGCUCUCGGAGAAGGACGUGACCGGCGCGAAGAAGCUGCUCGAGAAGCUGGACCGCCGCAGGCUGCGCAGCCUGUUCAUCAGCAGGAAGUAG